GUUAAUUCAAUCUAAUAACUUCUCCCUCAUAAAACAUUACUACGGAGCAAUUUAUUUUAUACUUUCUCUUUUUUAUUAAAAGUGAAGAUCAACUCUACAUAAAUAUAUUGCCAAUAUUUGCAAUAUCCACUUUUCAUCUUCAACGAAAAGUUUCUUCCUCCUUUAUUUCCCAGUGACACAAUACUAAUAAUUUACGAAACUUCGAAAUCUCAAAGCCUGAAAUCUUAACCCCAAAGAAAAGUUCAAAUCAUCAAGAUCUCAAUUCCUCUCGCAAUCGCUUACCAUCGCUAUCUAGGCUGUCUAUUUCUGGUGUAUUUAAGGGGGGAAGAUGGGAGCAUUCUUUUCAAGAUUUUGGUUUAUGUUGUUUCCGGCCAAGGAGUACAAGAUUGUGGUGGUUGGAUUGGACAACGCCGGCAAGACCACGACGCUUUACAAGUUGCAUUUGGGGGAGGUAGUUACUACUCAUCCUACUGUGGGUAGCAACGUGGAGGAGCUUGUUUAUAAGAAUAUAAGAUUCGAGGUUUGGGAUUUAGGUGGGCAGGAUCGGCUUAGGACUUCAUGGGCCACCUAUUAUCGAGGGACUCAUGCGGUUAUCAUAGUAAUUGAUAGUACUGAUAGAGCCAGGAUUUCCAUCAUGAAAGAAGAACUAUUUAGUCUGCUACCACACGAAGAUUUACAAAGUGCAGUAGUCCUUGUGUUCGCAAAUAAGCAGGACUUGAAGGAUGCUAUGACCCCUGCUGAAAUAACUGAUGCACUUUCCCUUCAUAGCAUAAAAGAUCAUGAUUGGCAUAUCCAAGCUUGCUGUGCCCUCACCGGUGAAGGUUUAUAUGAUGGCUUGGGCUGGAUAGCACAAAGAGUUACUGGGAAAGCACCAAGCUAGAAGUGUUUGGUCCAAAAAACGCUGGUUUUUCAUGCCCUAUAUUAGAUGGCCGUACAGAUUGCUAAAUCUAGUGGUUGUAUUGAAUAUACAAAACAUUGUUUUCUGUUAUGGUUACUUGGCAGAAGAGUGGUCCUCUUCUCCGAAGAAAGGACAGGGAAAAGCCAAGAGAAGAGAAUUUGCGUACUUGCAAAAUGUUAACUUCUAUGCCAUUCUUUGCUGACAAAACUACUCCAGUGUGUUGUACUUUUGAUCACGAUUUAUUAUAUACCAAGUUCUAUAAUUUUACAAAUGUUUGUGCUAAAUAGGAUCUCGGUUCUUGGGGUGUUGUGCCCGGAUUGCAGGGUGCCUUUUAUGCUAGUGUUCUGUGUUACCUUGCCUAGUUGAAAAUGGAAGACUGAUAUUCUUCUGCGGUGACAGUAACUUUCUGCUAGUGGAAAAACUUUGAUUCAACUCGGUUUUGAAAUAAAUCGUACUUUGUGCACAAUGCUAUGAUGAACUAUGUAGUACUAAGACAGCAAUUAAGUGGAGGAUGAAAACCUAAAUCAAAUGUGAGAUAAAACUAAAAUAAAAUGUGAAUUAAUCUCUGCACAAUGAUCAUUCCAUAAACUUGACAGGAUGGGUUUAUCUAUCUAUACUCUGCAACAAAUCCCGGUAUCAAGUUUCUAAAAAUGCCAGCACCAACAAUAAAUAUCACAGUAUCCAGCACCUGCAUCCUGAUUUCUCCUGCGGUCCCUCAAACCAUCUAUCCCAGAAUGGAUUGACAGGGCCAUUAGUUCUGCCAAGCAUGAAACGAGUUCUUUUAGUCUAACGCUUCAAGUAAGAUGUAACCAUUAACCAACAGGAAAUGAACAGAGGUUAUUACAUGGGAAGUAAUGGGUCUGGUCUAGUUUCCACCUCACUGAGCAUCCUAAAUUUUGCAGGAGAAAAUUCAGUAUGAGUAUCCGCUCUAAUUUGUUAGAGAGUAUAAAAUAUUAAGACAAAAAUUCAUAAGUCGCAUUCUUACUCCUUGCAAGAGGCUGAGGCCUUCUCCAUUUUCUCGAUUUGUCCUAGUUCUUCCUGUGAGAAAUGAUCAUCUUUAGCAAAUGCAACUUUUCAGGUAAAGAAACUGCAAAAAUGACUAAAGAAUGCAACCAUUGCAUAACACGGAGUCUUUCACAAACAAUUUACAUCCAAGAAGUACUUCAAAACUCAAACAGAAAACAAUGCAAAUUUAAACAAUUGGUGAUAAUGACUCAAGUUCAGAGCCAAAUUCAGCAAACCAUGGGGGAAAAGGAAAGUCAGUAAGCAGAGAAAUGACGACAUAAGCACCCAGUUGUUCAGCAAACCAUGGGGGAAAAGAAAAGCCAAUAAGCAGAGAAAUGAAGACAUAAGCACCCAAUAGUUCAGCAAACUAUUGGGGAGAGAAAAGCCUCAAAUUCAAAAAUUCAAAACAUACUUCUUCCCAUGAUUGUUAUACGUAUAUAAAAAAUAAGUUUCUGGUUUGUAAUUGAAAUAAUAAAAUGUGAUAAGUUUAGAACAGAGGAUGUGGCCGCACUAUAGGAUACUUGAACUUCAAAACAACAGAUAUCAGCAAUAGCUAUCCUGAACUUGCAGGCAUACACCAACAACAUUGACCAUCAUCAAUACCAAAUUUGUAGUCAGAGAACAUGCAGAGGAUGCUAAAAUUACGACAGUCUACAGGUUCAAACAGAAACCCAAAGUCAAUGUAGUUCGAAGGGGAAGAACUUCAGUGUUCUCGUUGCAAAAAUUACCAGCAUGCGAGUUUAUCAAACAUGAUCAGUCCAUGGAUAACAACUAUUUAUUAAUACAAGUAAAUUGCUACAGAAGUAGUUUCAAAUCCACCUUCUUUAGACAUUGUCCGAAGUCAUGAACUAUUAAACAGAGGUCUAAGCUGAGUAAGUUGAGAGGGAAAAAAAGUAGUCAACUAGCAGGUUUUCCAAAUUUUGCAAUCAAAACCAGUUUUUGGCAAACAACUCACCAAUAGAACCAAUCCAAUGCACAUUGAAACAAGUGCAUAAAAAUGAAAAGAAGUAGAAGAUGAUGUCGAAAAUGAUUGCACUAACGUCAACACAUAUGUGGAAAUUCAUAGCGUAUGAUUCAUUAAUUUGCACAAUAGCUAUCCCAAUAACUCAAUGGGGAGAUGCAGAUUGCAGGUUUUCAGAAAGCAAGCGACUUUUCUCAGAGCAAUUUUAGAGCAUUUUCUACACGGAAUUAACCAUAGAACCGUCAGAAGGGGUAAAAAUUCUAAGUUCCUUCUCUGGGUAAUCCGUACAAGCAACUUCACACUUGUAUGUCAAUUUGAAUCAACAAAGAAAAAAAAAAUCAACUGACCAUUAAAAUACACAAAAUUCCAGUCACCAUGUGAGACCAUUUUCUCAUUUCUUUCCUCUGCAAAAUGCUUACAAAGCACAAUUUCAUGUCAACUCAAGAACCCAACUUUUUUACUUAUCCAAUUAGAAUGCUAAUUGCAUGUAAAGAGCCGAGAACAUCAAAACAAUUAAACCAAUUAGAAAAACGGAAAACCCAUUGAAAAGGGUCAACCAGAAAACAGCUCAAGCAACUGACCCACCUCCAAAUAGCGAGAUUCUUGCUCAAGCCUUUUCAAUUCAGCAGAAAUCCUAUGCUUCCCUCUGGUAUCCGCCGCCGAUCGCCCUUGCUCUGAGCUCACUGAUUGCAUUUCUCGCCGCUAUAAAGGCAGGCAGACAACCCACCAACACUUCCUCCUCUUCCCAAAACUGUUUGAUAAAAAACAAUCAACACCCUGAAAAUUGAAGAAAUCCCAGUUGAGGAAAAAGGUGCAUGAUCAAACUUCUAAAAGGAGCAUUGCAAAACAAGAUUAUUGGUUUUUUGGGCUUAGCUCAUAAAUGGCUGUCCUUUCCAAAUUUCCAAUUUCAGGAUAAAAAUUUUGUUGAGGUUUUGUGGUGAAAGAAACAGUAGUGGGGUAUAGCAAAUUUGGCUGGGUUUUUAGAAUUUUUAAUGGGGUUGGAACUUUGGAUGAAUAAUUUAAAGAAAAGAUAUUGGGAAAAGUCUGCUUUUUGGGUCACAAAAAGUUGAUGAGAUGAAGGGAAAGUUUCUUUGCCUUUUUAGCAUCUUCUUGCUU